CAUUUGCUCCAGGGUUCUGGGGUGCUACGGUGCAGAGUGUUGAGCCCGAGUCCCGAGAACUCCGCACUGCCUGCAAUCUAGAGCAGGCGUUGCCAGGCAGAAGGACGUGGCAGUCAGGGAGCCUCCUUGUUCCAAACACCGCCAGCCCCGACCCCUCCGAGGCCAAAAGCAAUCUUCUCUGUGAAGCUGGAGAGGCGGCAACCCGGAUACUCCCCCUGCUGCCCGCCGUUUCCACGGGGCUCGGGAAACUGUUUGUUUGUUUCGGCCAGGUAGUGUGGACUAGUCUCUCUGGGCGUUGCCCGAGGCGGGACGGAAUGUAGAGUGAGGUUUAGCUAGAGGCUGGUGUCAGGUGUGGGAGUCUGCUCAUUUCCCUUUUUCAGACUAGGUUGGAGCUGCUGCUAGUUAGAAGGCGCAGUUUUUCUUUCAGGAUGUCCUUUUAAAAGCGCGGAUAUGCCUCUGCCUCAUGAAUUCCUUUAGGAAGACUGCUACAUUGGUACUGAUGCUCACUGAUCAUCACCGUUAUUCCUACUAACGCCCACUGUCAUUGAGCAUAUAUGUUAAGAUGCCUUAGGGAAAAUCAUGGAGAAAUAUGUUAGAAUACAGAAGAUUGGAGAAGGUUCAUUUGGAAAAGCCAUCCUUGUUAAAUCUACAGAAGAUGACAGACAAUAUGUUAUCAAGGAAAUUAAUAUCUCAACAAUGUCCAGUAAAGAAAGGGAAGAAUCAAGGAGAGAAGUUGCAGUAUUAGCUAACAUGAAGCAUCCAAAUAUUGUCCAGUAUAAAGAAUCAUUUGAAGAGAAUGGCUCUCUCUAUAUAGUGAUGGAUUACUGUGAAGGAGGGGAUCUGUUUAAAAGAAUAAAUGCUCAGAAAGGCAUUUUGUUUCAAGAGGAUCAGAUUUUAGAUUGGUUUGUACAGAUAUGCUUGGCUCUGAAACAUGUACAUGAUAGAAAAAUUCUUCAUCGAGACAUCAAAUCACAGAAUAUUUUUUUAACCAAAGAUGGGACAGUACAACUUGGAGAUUUUGGAAUUGCUAGAGUUCUUAAUAGUACUUCAGAACUGGCUCGAACUUACAUAGGGACCCCAUACUACUUGUCACCUGAAAUCUGUGAAAACAAACCUUACAAUAAUAAAAGUGAUAUUUGGGGCCUGGGGUGUGUCCUUUAUGAGAUGUGUACACUUAAACAUGCAUUUGAAGCUGGCAGUAUGAAAAAUCUGGUACUGAAGAUAAUAUCUGGAUCUUUUCCACCUGUAUCUUUGCAUUAUUCUUAUGAUCUCCGCAGCUUGCUCUCUCAGUUAUUUAAAAGAAAUCCUAGGGAUAGACCAUCAGUCAACUCCAUAUUGGAGAAAGGUUUUAUGGCCAAACGCAUUGAGAAGUUUCUCUCACCUCAGCUUAUUGCAGAAGAAUUUUGUCUAAAGACAUUUUCCAAGUUUGGAGCACAGCCAGCUAAAAGACCAACUUCAGGACAAACUGUGGCUUCUGUUGUGUCUGCUCAGAAAAUUACAAAGCCUGCUGCUAAAUAUGGAAUACCUUUAGCAUAUAAGAAAUGCGGAGAUAAAAAAUUACAUGAAAAGAAACCACUCCAAAAACAUAAACAGGCCCAUCAAAUUCCAGUGAAGAAAGUGAAUCCUGGAGAAGAAAGGAGGAAAAUGUUUGAGGAAGCAGCACGAAAGAGGCGGUUGGAAUUUUUUGAAAAAGAAAAGAAGCAAAAGGAUCAGAUGAGCUUAAUGAAAGCGGAACAGAUGAAAAGACAGGAAAAGGAAAGACUGGAAAGAAUAAAUAGGGCCAGAGAACAAGGAUGGAGAAAUGUGCUGGGUGCUGGUGGAAGCGGUGAAGUAAAGGCUCCCUUUUUUGGCAGUGGAGGAGCUGUGGCUCCAUCUUUUUCUUCUCGAGGACAGUAUGAACAUUAUCAUGCUAUUUUUGAUCAAAUGCAACAACAAAGAGCAGAAGAUAAUGAAGCUAAAUGGAAAGGUGAAGUCCAUGGCCGAAGGCUUUCAGAAAGGCAGAAGGGCCAGGCAGCUGUGGAGAGAGCUAAACAAGUAGAAGAGUUUCUACAGCGAAAACGGGAAGCAAUGCAGAAUAAAGCUAGAGCUGAAGGACACAUGGGAAUCCUGCAAAACCUGGCAGCUAUGUAUGGAGGCAGGCCCAGCUCUUCAAGAGGAGGGAAGCCAAGAAACAAAGAGGAAGAGGUUUAUUUGGCAAGGCUGCGGCAAAUAAGACUUCAAAAUUUCAAUGAACGUCAACAGAUUAGAGCCAAACUUCGUGGCGAAAAGAAAGGAGCUGAUAGUUUCAGAGGACAAGAAGGAAGUGAGGAAGCUGAUGUGAGGCGUAAAAAAAUUGAAGCAUUGAAGGCUCAAGCAAAUGCACGUGCUGCUGUACUAAAAGAGCAGUUAGAGCGAAAAAGGAAGGAAGCAUAUGAGCGAGAAAAGAAAAUAUGGGAAGAGCAUUUGGUGGCUAAAGGAAUCAAAGGUUCUGAUGUUCCUCCGUCUGUAGGGCAGAACGAUGCAAGCUGCUCUCCAUCAAAGCAACCGACGAAAUGUUUCAUUUCUGUUACUUCAGCGUUGAAAGAAAUGGGUAUGGACAGAAGUUUAACUGAUACCCAGGAAACUUCAGAAGAAAUGCAGAAGACUAAUGAUGCUAUUUCAAGUAAGAGAGAAAUACUACGUAGAUUAAAUCAAAACCUUAAAGCUCAAGAAGAUGAAAAAGGAAAGCAUUAUGACUCUGAUAUUUGUGAUACUAUUCAUGAAGGUGCCAAAGAGCAUGAAAAAGAAAAGUCAGUUUCCUCUGAUCGAAAGAAAUGGAAGGCUGGAGGUCAACUUGUGAUUCCUCUAGAUGAGUUAACAUUGGACACAUCCUUCUGUGAAAGUGAAAAUCAUACAGUGGGAGAGGUUAUUAAAUUAGAUCCUGGUGGAUCUCCAAGAAGAGUUUGGGGGAAAAGUCCUACAGAUUCGGUUCUAAAGAUACUUGGAGAAGCUGAACUACAACCUCAGACAGAAAUACUAGAAAACAUGUCUGUUAUAAGUGAGAUUUCUCCUGAAGAGAAGUGUAAUCCCCUAGUUGCUAAAGAAGAAAAAGUUAACUGUGUUUCACUGGAAAUGAACCUAUCUGCUGCUGGUGGUUAUUCUGUUGUGACAAACAGUCCAAAGAUUUUUGAGGAAUCUCCACAGACAUUGAAACCAGAAGGAAAUUUGGAUGAAGCUGAUGACUUGGGAACAGAACCUUUACAAGAUCCAAACGGAACAAACAAAAAUGGUAACUUACCAGGUGCUAUUGAAGCAUGGAUUAACGAGGUGCAAGAAAUAAAGGAAACUGACCAACCUCUGAUGGCUUCAAAUUUUUCUUCUGCAACUUUAGCUCCUCUGUCAGCUUUUACAGAAUUGAAGAAAAUGUUGAGGACAUGUUCACUUCCAGAUCUCUCAAAGCUGUUUAGAACACUGAUGGAUGUUCCUAUCAUAGGAGAUGUGCAUCAGGACAAUCUUGAAAUAGAUGAAAUUGAUGAGGAGCACAUUAAAGAAGGGCCUUCUGAUUCUGAAGACAUUGUGUUUGAAGAAGUUGACAGAGAUUUACAAGAGCUUCAGGCCUCUAUGGAACAAUUACUUAGAGAACAACCUGGGGAAGAAUACAGUGAGGAGGAAGAAUCGGUUUUAAAGAACAGUGACGUAGAGCAGACUGUAAAUGGAACAGAGCUGGCAGAUGAGGAUGACAACCCCAGCAGUGAAAGCGCCCUGAAUGAAGAAUGGCACUCAGAUAACAGUGAUGGUGAAAUUACUAGUGAUUGUGAAUAUGAUAGUGUCUUUAACCAUUUAGAAGAAUUGAGACUUCACUUGGAGCAGGAAAUAGGUUUUGAAAAGUUAUUUGAGGUUUAUGAGAAAAUAAAGGCUAUUCAUGAAGAUGAAGAUGAAAAUGUCGAGAUUUGUUCAGCAGUAGUCCAGAAUAUUUUGGGAAAUGAACAUCAGCAUCUUUAUGCCAAGAUUCUUCAUUUAGUCAUGGCAGAUGGAGCCUAUCAGGAAGAUAAUGAUGAAUAAUUUCCAGAACAUCCUUUAACCCUCAACUCCUAUAAACACAUUUGAAUUUGGCUAAUCAGAAUAAGAAACGUCAGUGGGAAAUGUAGAAGCUACUUAUAAAUGUCAAAUAUAAGGUGGGCAUGUUGAUUGCAUGGAAAAGAUUGAGAGAAACACCAUUUUUCAAUUAGGAUUCUAGCAAUUCAUUUUAUUUUUUUCACUGAGUUCUAUAGUUACCUCCUGCAGGGCAGAUGCAUUAUUAAAUUACCCAAAGCAUAAGAAAUGUUGACCCAGUCCAGAUCUGGACUUAAUGGUUUUGAAGACUUGCUAUGCAGUCAGAUACCUUUGACUUUUAACAAAUGCCUUUACCUUUUGAAAGAAUUGUCUGUUGUCAAGGAUCUGCUGUGGUUUUCAUUUAGGUACUUAAACAUGACCUUUUUCCUGUCUAUUUGUUUCCAUGGCCAGUAAUUCUGAAUUAAAUAACCUUGUCAAGGGCUCUAUUUAAACCUUUACAUGUUAAAGAUGGAAUUUUUAGCCUUAAAGUUUAUAUAUCAGUUUUUUUUUUCAACCAUUGUGUCUCAUUCAACUAGUACACUGAAAACAGGCUUAUAGAAAAUCUUAAAAAUCAUUGAAAAAUUGAUCAUGAAAAGAAUAAUGGAAGAAUAAUUCCUGAUAUAUAAAAAGUUGGUAAUACUAUUUCUCUUUAAGGACCAUAACCAAAAAUAUUAUAUCUAAAAAUCAUUCUGUAGAUGGUGACAUUGACCUACCAUAUAAGAAAGUUACCCUUUUUUGUUCUUCACUUCCUCUUAUGUAUGUUCCUCAAGCCAUGGUCAUUUUGAUACUGUAACAGUUUGGCUAACUGGUACUUCAGAGAAGGGAAAUUUUUGCCUCUUUUAUGCAUUUUCAUUGUGAGAGGAUUUAGUUAGAUCAUUAUGAUGGUGGUGGUUACAAAGCUCCUACUGCAAUAUGCCAAGUUACCUGGUUUCAUUAGAGAUGUCUUUUAAGUCAAAUGCUUUCAUAUUAAAAUAUAAAGUUUGAAACUGAGUAUAAGACAAAGUGCUUGGCAUAAUAUAUAAUUUCAAAAAUAAAAUCUUACCUUGCAGCACUAUCAGUACUAUGUAGAAUUUAUUAUGUAUAUUAUUUCUAACAUACAAAACUACUUGAUUUUUAUACAUU